AUGGUUUACUCGGUGUACAAGGUACGAUGCCUCGAUGAUGGCCGUUGGUAUGCGGUCAAGGUGGGCAACCGCCAGUUCCGGGGCCCACGCGAUCGUUGGCUGCAGCUGCAAGAGGUAGCCAAGCACGAGCUUCUGCCACCACAUCCACACUGUGUGCGUUUCAUCAAGGCGUGGGAGGAGGAUUCCCGCUUGUUCAUUCAGACGGAGUUGUGCGAGUGCAGUCUAGCUGCCUAUGCUGAUCGACACCACAACUUGCCCGAGAGUAUUGUCUGGGAGUUCCUGGUCGACCUGCUGCUGGGCGUGAAACAUAUGCACAACCAUGACCUGGCCCACCUGGACAUCAAGCCUGAAAACAUUUUCAUCUCCAAAGAUGGCUACUACAAGCUAGGUGACUUUGGCCUCGUGCUUGACCUCAAGCAGCAUGACUCUGCAGAAGCUCGGGAUGGUGACCCACGCUACCUGGCACCGGAGCUGAUGGCUGGCCACUUCACAAAGGCAGCUGACAUAUUCAGUCUCGGCAUCACAGCGCUCGAGCUGGCCUGUGACCUAGAGCUGCCUAGUCGAGGUGAAAAUUGGCACGUGCUACGUUCGGGAACUCUACCUUAUGAGCUCACGCAAGGUAUUUCACCGCAGCUUCGCGUUGUGAUGGAGCAGAUGAUGCACCCUGACCCUGAGAAGCGGGUCACAGCUGACCAACUUCUUGCCAUGUCGGCCAUCUAUAGACUAAGCCUGUGGCGAUGGCUCUAUGUCGCACGAAGGAGAGCGGUUCACUGGGUGAAAGACCUGCUGCUACUAACCUGGUUCUGGGUGCAGCCUUUCCUUGAAAGUGCCUGGAGCAGGGCCUCGUUUCGCUGGAUGUACCCACCCGUACCAUCCAGCCGUCUUAAUGCAGUUCAUGAGACACCCGUCCAAGCUACCCACAUUUUUUCUGAUGGUUUGUGAAUAUGGUACUUUGCAGCCAAAGCGCCUCGUAUCAUUUUUAUAAACCUGAAAGUUACCACCA